CCCCCCUCAGGCCAGGCGCCCUUCCCUUUCGCUUCAUCCUCAUAAGAUUGGUAUUUCUUAAGAACCGACCAAGCCCCGUUGGAAGCGUUGGGGGCCAUCGAAGGCUUCCAACUACAAGAAAUCAUCCUUGGGAUCAGCUGCCCAGAGGAAGAAGAUGUGUCCUAAGCCUGAACUCACUGAAGAUCAGAAGCAGGAGAUUCGAGAGGCAUUUGAUCUGUUUGAUACAGAUGGAACCGGGACAAUCGACGUUAAAGAAUUGAAGGUGGCCAUGAGGGCACUUGGCUUUGAACCCAAGAAAGAAGAAAUUAAGAAAAUGAUAACAGACAUCGACAAGGAAGGGACCGGGAAGAUCAGCUUCAACGACUUUUUGGCCGUGAUGACUCAGAAAAUGGCUGAAAAAGAUACAAAAGAAGAGAUCUUGAAAGCUUUCCGGCUCUUUGAUGAUGACGAAACUGGAAAAAUAUCAUUCAAAAACCUAAAACGUGUGGCCAAAGAAUUGGGAGAAAAUCUCACCGAUGAGGAGUUGCAGGAAAUGAUCGACGAAGCGGAUCGGGAUGGCGACGGGGAAGUAAAUGAGCAAGAAUUCCUGCGGAUCAUGAAAAAGACCAGCCUCUACUGAGACCAGCCUUGUUGGUUUUUUUUUGUUUGUUCGUUUUUUCUUUUCUUGUAAAUAGGUUGGGUGGGUAAAGCUGACUUCUUGCCCUUUUGAGUCUGGGAUCCUGAAGCAAGAGUAUGGCAGGGGCCACUCUUUCCCACUGAUCUGCUUAGCUAUCUAUUCCUAAAUGGUCAAUUGGACUGUAGAAUUUCUAACUGGUUUUUAAGGUGAUCGUUCUCAGUAAAAAUAUCGAUUGUUUUCAUGCUCAAAAAAGGGACCUAAAGCUUACCGGGGAUGAAAAGGCGUUUUAAAGCCGUAGUCCGCACCCUGUUGCCUUGCAUUGCCUUACGUCCUUAGUCUCCCUGAAGGAUAGCGUGAGUGGGCACUACCCGCUCACAGGGCACCGAAAACCGGUCUGCUUCUUGGAGAGGGAAGGAAGCGCCACAGGCAUUUUUCAAGGAGCAGCAUAGCUUCAGGGGUUCCGAGCGAACUCCUACCAACAUAGGAAGUUCGGAAGUCCUUUCCCAACUCAGGUCUUUCACGUGGCAGGGGAAUACUAACCUGCCCGGAGGUUGCCAGACCGAUCUACCUAGUGAUUUUUAUUCACUCUGAACACUUUUCUGAAGGAAACCAAAAAUAAAAGUGCAAAGUAUUGAGUUUGCCAACUAGGACUUCCGCUGGAUCUGGAAAACCCACUCAUUUUUAUAAAAAAUAUAAGGAAAUAUUUUCAAGUUCUUUGCAUAAAAAAAAAAAAUCAGUUUCCCUUCUAGAGGUCCCAGCUAUUAUGAUUAUUAGACACGCGAUAGGGCAGCAACAGUCAUUUUACUUUUCCUCCUAUGUCACUUUUCCUCCAUUUCCCUCCGAGUUUGGAGCACAUUUAGGUUGUCGGUGCAUGAUAUUUUUUUCCAAGUGUGUGGUUCAUCCCAAAGAGUGUUCCUUUCUCUAUUUUAGGCUUCUGCACUGAUCUCCCCAUGUGGUUUGAAUAUGUGUAGGUGCUAUUUAUUUUGUGUGCUUGAAUAAAGCCUUCACUGUUUUAGA